ACCUUGAUACAAAGCGUAAACCAUUUUGGAAGUUCCGGGGACGAUUUUCGAGUAGCAAUUUUUUGAUGUGACAGUUAUUUUCAAAAGCCAAAAAUAUUUUUAGAUAAAAAUUGAGUCCACCGUUUAUGUCUUGAUGAAAAUAAAUUUGUGGUAAAAGUUUACGGUCGGGAUGCGUUUAUUAAAGUAGACUAAAAGACAAUUUUUUUGCGUUACAAGAGGAUUAUUUAUGUACGGUGGAUUGGAUUUUACUACAAUGAAACACGUUUUCAUCAUGAUGUUUGUGAUACAAGGUUACUGGGGGCUGAAGGAUGUGAGGCUGCGUGUCCCUGAAGCUGUCAAGGCAGGAGACAGUCUGACUUUAGGAUGUGACUUUAGUCUCGAACAUGAACAUCUCUACUCGGUCAAGUUCUACCAAGGAGACACAGAGUUCUAUCGCUACGUCCCAGAAGAGUCUCCACCUACAAGAGUGUUCCCGAUAGAAGGAGUGACAGUUGAUAUAUUCAGAUCCAACAGCAGCGCAGUAACACUCAGCAAUGUAGAUCGAGGCAUGACAGGAUACUACAAAUGUGAAGUUUCUGCGGACGCUCCUCUUUUUCAUACUGGGAUACAGACAGCCUAUGUUACAAUCACAGAAGAACCUUGGGCAUUACCCACAAUAGCAUCAGAGAAAUUCAAGUACAGCAUAGGAGAGAAAAUCAAAGCCAACUGCACAUCCCAGGGUGGUCUUCCAGCGGCCAAUCUAACUUGGUACAUCAAUGGACAACUGGUCCACCACUCUCCAUACGUCAGGAUACUCCAGGACAGCUCACACGAAGGUUCAGUGUCUCAGUUGGAGGUUGCGGCCUCAUCCAAAGUCUUCCUGCAGGGCAGACUGAGACUGAGAUGUGACGCAGCACAGUUCACUUUGUAUCGCAGGAGUGCUGAGUUGGAUGUAUUUGAAGACACCCCUCAGCUGGCACCAGUGUUGGGACCGACUGCUCAACAUCAAGAUUCCAGCUCAGCCACAAAAAGAAGUUGUCUAAGAGGAAUAUUAUUUAAUAUUAUUUUGAUUUCUACAGUACCAUUUCUAAGUAGAUAGUGAUACAAUCCCAUUGCUAAUUGAGUACGUAAUGAUAAUCAAUAUUGAAAUACAGCGAACAAAUUUGUAUAAAGUGUUUGUAGCGAAAUUGCUUAUUUGUUUAAGCUAGUUUCAUAACUUCCAGUACAAUACUAGCGCUUAAACGUGUUUAACCAGUUAUAUUUUUACAUAUAUUUUAUGUAAGAAGCUUUUAUAAUAUAAACAAAGCAAUAAAUUAGCAGAUGUUAAAUAGAAUGAGAAAUUUGAGGGCUUACACACGUUUUAAAUGACCAUUAUUAUAUUUCUUACAUCUUAGGUUACAAUUUAUCUUUAGUCAUAUCAUUUAUGUGUAACGUUAAGGAUCAGCAAAUAUGGACCGGUUUUAAAUAUACAGUACUGUUAAUGGUUUUAUUAUAACUGUGGUAUUUGCCAUAAAAUGUU